UGGGUGCUGGCCUUUGAGAUCUUCAUCCCUCUGGUGCUCUUCUUCAUUCUGCUGGGGCUGCGGCAGAAGAAGCCGACCAUCCCUGUGAAGGAAGUCUGUAAGUUGGUGGGAUGGGUGGGCGCCUCCUUCCCUUCCCCUGCCUGUGCCGGCUACAGAUUUGGGGGAGAAAGAGCCUGGUUUGGAUCAGCACACUCUGGCCUAAUCAACUCCUCUGUAACCCUGUUGCCUUCCUCUGUGGCUGGUGAAGAUGGGCUUGGGCAGCACAGCGUGGCGUCUGCUGGUCCUCCUUGGUGGUUGCCCAGGCAGGACGAGCCCAUAGUGGUGUCCCCACGAGUUCCCCAGGCGCUGGGGCUGCCAGUGGCGAUGUCGCCCGCACCCUGUGUUGUGGAGGGCUCUCCUGGCCUUGUCCUACCCUUUCCUCCUCACACAGACCUUACUGGAUGCUGGCACCCAUAUGGUGGCCUAUGGUCACGCAGUCUUGCCGGUGCCCCAACCUGAGCUGGUGCCCAAGGGGCUGGACAUGUCUCCCACCCCUACACCACCUCUGGGUCCGUGUCCUGGCCUCUUGCUGCUGGGAUGAGACAGGAUGUAGCACUACUAGGAGCCUGGAGGCCUGCAAGAUGCUACCCAUGCACUGGCUUUGUCACCUAGCAGGCUGCUGGCCCCUCCCGGUCUGUCCUGGGCUGUCCCUUGUCCCUGCCAGAAGGCCAUCUUCACCAAGCCCUGCCUGCCGCGGCCGUGCUAACAGCACUGACUGACCUAACCCCGGGGCUGCCGGCCGGGCUGGCAAGAGCAGGGUCCCUGCCCAGCGCUGCCCGGUUUCCACCUUUGGUCCCUUCGGGCAGUGCCCUCCUGGGCUCACCCUGCCCUGGGGAAGGGGCCAUCCUGACAGGGACGAUGGCUCAGCGCCGGCAGAGGGGGAGAAGGUUUGCCACCCCUUGCUGCUCCUCAUCUCUUCCAUCUCCCCGCCUGCCGUGUCUCCAUUUCCACCUCCAGCAACCGCGUCGGGGCAGCUGGGCUGGGGGGAGUCUGGGGCUCCAGGAGCUGUGGGUGACAACUCUGUUUUCCCUGUCUAUUCUUCCUCCUCUUCCUCCAGAGAGCUGAUGGGGCCUCGGAGGUUACUAACAAGAGGGCCGAGAGGCUGGGGGAGGUUGGCGGCCAUCCUGGGGGCACGCGGCAGGAGCUGGCAUCAUGCUGGAGUGGGAAGGACCCGUUACCCAGUGCGGAGCGGGCAGGGGCCAGGGUGGCCGGAGGUACCCACAGCCCUGAGGGGCCGCUAGCUGGGACAGCCUUGGUGGGAAAGCCGCAGACAUCUGCCCGUGGCCGCCAGCCUCCUGCCGGGCUCGCAGGGCCCCGCGCGUGUUGUUCUGAACUGAGUGUCUGUCUCUCUGGUGGCCUCUGCCUCCCCUGCCUCUCCUUCCUCCCUGCCCGCACCUCCCCUGGCCUCUCUGCGCUCUCCCGCUGGCUCCAGCUUUCUACACGGCGGCACCGCUCACCUCAGCCGGGAUUCUGCCCAUCAUGCAGUCCCUCUGCCCCGACGGCCAGCGCGAUGAGUUUGGUUUCCUGCAGUACUCCAACUCCACGGUGACACAGCUCCUGGAGCACCUCAGCGAAGCGGUGGAGCAGAGCAGCCUCUUCGACCCACAGCACCCAGGGCUGGAGGAGGAGCUGGAGUCGCUGCGCCGGCGCCUGGAGGCACUCAGCACCAGCGAGCCCAGCCCCAUGGAGACCCACUUCAGCAGCCGAGCAGGAUCCGGCUUCACGCUGGCAUGGGCGGCCAAGGACCGGGGGGAGCUGCACCGCUUCCUGACGCAGAACCUGUCCCUCCCCAACAGCACUGCUGAGCUGCUCCUGGGCUCCAGCGUUGACUUGCGGGAGGUGUACCGGCUGUUUUUCGGUUCCUUUCCUUUGGGGCCUGACGAGGCCCACGAGCGAGACCUGUGGGAUGGUUUUGGCCGUAGUGAGAAGAUGCUGCAGCUGGAGCAGAGCUUCCCAAGCGGCUGGAGGAGCCUGCGGGAAGGGCUGGUGCACCGGGCGCUGCGGGACCCCAUGGCAGCCCCGCGCCGGCCAGCCCUGCUGCGCCUGCUCUCCCAGGCCCUGGGCCUCGCCAGUGCCGCCGCAGCACCCGCCGCUUCCGACAGCCCCCAGGCCCUCCUCACCGAGAUGGAGGGCAUCCUCUUCACCGGGCCGGUGCUGGAGCAGCUGACAUGUGAGCAGAGCUCAGCGAUGCUGCGGCACCUCCUGCGCGUGGCCCCUGCGCAGCAGCCGCUGCUGCAGGCGUACCGGGCACUCACCUGCAACGGCAGCGGGGCCGCCCGCCGUGAGCGCUUCGCCCAGCUGGCAGACGAGCUCCGAGACCAGCUCGACACCCCCAGGAUUGUCAGCAAGUUGAAGCUGGACGAGGUGAACAGCACAGCUGCCCAGCAUCGCCUCCGCGCCCUCCUGGAGGACCUGGUGGAGAUGGAGAAGGUUCUCCGUGACAUGGACAUCCUCUCGGCGCUGGCCAAGCUGCUGCCCAGGGGAGCCUGUGCUAGCAAGGCCCCGUCACCCACUGCCAACAGCACCGGCUGGGCUGGCACCAACACCACUGCCGGUAACGCCACGGCGGAGGAGGAGGGUGGCGCAGGGGGCCCAGCCGGCAGCGACAACCCGCAGGGGCAAUUCUCAGCGUUCGUGCAGCUCUGGGCCGGGCUGCAGCCCAUCCUCUGCGGCAACAACCGGACGAUUGAGCCCGAGGCGCUGAAGCAAGGCAACAUGAGCUCACUGGGCUUCACCAGCAAGGAGCAGCGGAACCUGGGCCUCCUCGUGCAUCUGAUGACCAGCAACCCCAAAAUCCUGUACGCGCCUGUGGGCACUGAAGUGGACAAAGUCAUCCUGAAGGCCAAUGAGACCUUUGCUUUUGUGGGCAACGUCACUCACUACGCCAAGGCGUGGUUGAACAUCUCCCCCGAGAUCCGUGCGUACCUGGAGGAGGGCAGGCUGCAGCGGCGCAUCCGAUGGCUCCAGCAGAUCACUGCCGACCUCCACAAGCACCCAGAGAUCCUGAAUGUCUCUGACAACGAUGUUCUCCACAACUUCCUCAGUGGCAAUUUUUCCCUGCCCAACGCCAGUGUCCUGCUCCAGCAGCUGGACACCAUCGACAAUGCUGCCUGUGGCUGGGUCCACUUCAUGGCCAAGGUCAGUGUGGACAUCUUCAAAGGCUUCCCAGAUGAGGAGAGCAUCGUCAACUACACACUGAACCAAGCCUACCAGGACAAUGUCACCGUCUUUGCCAGCGUCAUCUUCCAGACCAACAGGGACGGCUCGCUGCCCCCCCAUGUCAUGUACAAGAUCCGGCAGAACUCCAGCUUCACAGAGAAGACUAACGAGAUCCGGCGGGCGUAUUGGCGGCCGGGCCCCAACACCGGUGGCCGCUUCUACUUCCUCUAUGGCUUUGUCUGGAUCCAGGACAUGAUGGAGCGUGCCCUCAUCAACACCUUUGUUGGCCAUGAUGUGGUGGAGCCCGGCAACUAUGUGCAGAUGUUCCCCUACCCAUGUUAUACUCGGGACGACUUCCUCUUCGUCAUUGAGCACAUGAUGCCCCUGUGCAUGGUGAUCUCCUGGGUCUACUCGGUGGCCAUGAUGAUCCAGCACAUUGUGACCGAGAAGGAGCAUCGCCUGAAAGAGGUGAUGAAGAUGAUGGGCUUGAACAAUGCGGUGCAUUGGGUGGCUUGGUUCAUCACUGGCUUCGUCCAGCUCUCCAUCUCAGUCACGGCACUCACUGCCAUCCUGAAGUACGGCAAGGUGUUGAUGCACAGUGAUGUCCUCAUCAUCUGGCUCUUCCUCGCCAUCUACGCAGUGGCCACCAUCAUGUUCUGCUUCCUGGUGUCAGUGCUCUACUCCAAGGCCAAAUUGGCCUCUGCCUGCGGUGGCAUCAUCUAUUUCCUCAGCUACGUGCCCUACAUGUACGUGGCCAUCCGGGAGGAGGUGGCGCAUGACAAGAUCACGGCCUUUGAGAAGUGCAUUGCGUCCCUCAUGUCCACCACGGCCUUUGGUCUGGGCUCCAAGUACUUUGCACUGUACGAGGUGGCUGGUGUGGGCAUCCAGUGGCACACCUUCAGCCAGUCGCCCGUGGAAGGAGAUGACUUUAACCUCUUGCUGUCCAUGAUGAUGCUGAUCGUGGAUGCUGUGGUGUACGGGGUGCUCACAUGGUACAUUGAGGCCGUACACCCGGGGAUGUUUGGUUUGCCGCGGCCCUGGUACUUCCCUCUCCAGAAGUCCUACUGGCUGGGCAACGGGCGAGUGGAGACCUGGGAGUGGACGUGGCCCUGGUCCCGCACCACCCGCCUCAGCAUCAUGGAGGAGGAUCAGGCCUGUGCGAUGGAGAGCCGGCGACUGGAGGAGACGCGGGGCAUCGAGGAGGAGCCGACCCACCUCCCCUUGGUCGUCUGCAUCGACAAACUCACCAAGGUCUACAAGACGGACAAGAAGCUGGCGCUGAACAAGCUUAGCCUCAACCUUUACGAGAACCAGGUGGUGUCCUUCCUGGGGCACAACGGCGCAGGCAAAACCACCACCAUGUCAAUCCUCACCGGCUUGUUCCCUCCAACCUCGGGCUCUGCUACCAUCUAUGGCCAUGAUAUCCGGACAGAGAUGGAUGAGAUCCGGAAGAAUCUGGGCAUGUGUCCUCAGCACAACGUGCUCUUCGACAGGCUGACGGUGGAGGAGCACCUCUGGUUCUACUCACAGCUCAAGAGCAUGGCAGAGGAGGAGAUCCGUAAGGAGAUGGACAAGAUGAUUGAGGACCUGGAGCUCUCCAACAAACGCCACUCCCUGGUGCAGACCCUCUCGGGGGGCAUGAAGAGGAAGCUGUCAGUGGCCAUCGCGUUUGUGGGCGGGUCACGGGCCGUGAUCUUGGAUGAGCCCACGGCUGGCGUGGACCCGUACGCACGCAGAGCCAUCUGGGACCUGAUCCUCAAGUACAAGCCAGGGAGGACCAUCCUGCUCUCCACUCAUCACAUGGAUGAGGCUGACCUACUGGGCGACCGCAUUGCCAUCAUCUCCCAUGGCAAGCUCAAGUGCUGCGGCUCUCCACUCUUCCUCAAGAGCACGUACGGCGAUGGCUACAAGCUGACGGUGGUGAAGAAGCAGUCGGAUACCAGGAACGGCACAGACCCAGGCCAGCCGCACAGCCCUCCAGCCCACUCCUCCAUCAGCCCUUGCUCUGAGCCCCGUGUCUCCCAGUUCAUCAAGAAAUACGUGGCCUCCUGCCUCCUCAUCUCAGACACCAACACCGAACUCUCCUACAUCCUGCCCAGUGAGGCUGUCAAGAAGGGCUGCUUUGAGAGGCUCUUCCAGCACUUGGAGCAGAGCCUGGAGGAGCUGGACCUCACCAGUUUCGGGCUGAUGGACACCACGCUGGAGGAGGUCUUCCUGAAGGUGUCUGAGGAAGACCAGUCUCUGGAGAACAGUGACGUGGACAUGAAGGAAUCCAAGAAGGACACCCUGAGGCCGCCAGCCCCUGAGCUGGGCCCAAAGCCUGAGGCCAACGGGGAGCCCCUGGCGGAAGCGACGGUGCCGGAGAAGCCUGAAGUGGAGCUCAGCAACCUGGUGACCUGCUCCAAGCUGGCGCAGUCGCAGGCAUCCCUGCGCUCGGCCUCCUCGGUGGGCUCCGUGCGGGGUGACGAAGGUGGGGCUUAUUCCGAGUUCUUUGGGGAUUAUGCGCCCCUGUUCGAUAACCGGCAGGAUCCCGAUAACAUCAGUCUGCAAGAGCAAGAGGUGGAGGCAGAGGACAGUGACCUGGCUGGGCAGGGGAGCUUCAAGCUGGAGGGCUCAUGGCUGAAGCUGCGCCAGUUCCACGGGCUUAUCGUUAAACGCUUCCACUGUGCCAAGCGCAACACCAAGGCGCUCUUCUCGCAGAUCCUCCUGCCCGCCUUCUUCGUCUGCGUGGCCAUGACGGUGGCGCUCUCAGUGCCUGAGAUAGGUGACCUACCACCCCUCAUCCUCUCACCAUCACAGUACCACAACUACACCCAGCCCAAGGGCAACUUCAUUCCGUAUGCCAACGAGGAGCGGCGUGAGUACCGCAUCCGGCUGUCUCCUGAUGCCAGCCCCCAGCAGCUGGUGAACACCUUCCACCUGCCCUCUGGCGUGGGGGCCACCUGCGUGCUGAAGACACCCUUCAACAACACGCUGGACCAGCCCAUGCAGACUCUCAACCUCAACAGCAACGAAUCCAAGAUGCUGGCAGCCAAGUACUUUGACGCCAUGUGCAUCGACUCCUUCACCCAGGGCCUGCCACUCUCCAACUUUGUCCCGCCGCCUCCAUCGCCAGCUCCGUCCGACUACCCUGUCUCGGUGGAUGAGGACCUGCUCCGUGCCUGGAACUCCACAGCCUUCUCCUCUGCGAUCAAAGAGACUGUAACCUCAGCACCCGCCCUGCCCCGCGUCGUCCAUGAGCCCAUCAGGUGCACGUGCUCCAUGCAGGGGACCGGUUUCUCCUGCCCCAGCGGCGUGGGGGGCCACCCCCCGCAGAUGAAGGUGGUGACAGGGGACAUUCUGGCUGACAUCACAGGGCGCAACGUCUCUGAGUAUUUGCUCUACACCUCGGACCGCUUCCGCCUGCACAGGUACGGGGCACUCACUUUUGGCAACGUCCAGAAAUCCAUCCCAGCUUCCUUCGGAGCCAGGGCUCCUGCCACGGUGCGCAAGAUCGCCGUCCGGAGAACGGCCCAGGUCUUCUACAACAACAAGGGCUACCACAGCAUGCCCACAUACCUCAACGCGCUCAACAAUGCCAUCCUGAGAGCCAACUUGCCCAAGAGUAAAGGCAACCCUGCUGCCUAUGGCAUCACAGUCACCAACCACCCCAUGAACAAGACGAGUGCCAGCCUGUCCCUGGAUUACCUCCUGCAAGGCACAGACGUGGUGAUUGCCAUCUUCAUCAUUGUGGCCAUGUCCUUCGUGCCAGCCAGCUUUGUGGUGUUCCUGGUGGCCGAAAAGGCCACUAAGGCCAAGCACCUGCAGUUUGUGAGUGGCUGUGAUCCUGUCAUCUACUGGUUGGCCAACUACGUGUGGGACAUGCUGAACUACCUGGUGCCGGCCACGUGCUGCAUCAUCAUCCUGUUCGUGUUCGACCUCCCAGCGUACACCUCACCCACCAAUUUCCCCGCCGUCCUCUCCCUCUUCCUGCUCUACGGCUGGUCCAUCACCCCCAUCAUGUACCCUGCCUCCUUCUGGUUUGAGGUGCCCAGCUCCGCCUACGUUUUUCUCAUCGUCAUCAACCUCUUCAUCGGCAUCACAGCCACUGUCGCCACGUUCCUGCUGCAGCUCUUUGAGCAUGACAAGGAUCUGAAGGUGGUGAACAGCUACCUGAAGAGCUGCUUCCUCGUAUUCCCUAACUACAACCUGGGCCAUGGCUUGAUGGAGAUGGCCUACAACGAGUACAUCAACGAAUACUAUGCCAAGAUCGGGCAGUUUGAUAAGAUGAAAUCGCCCUUUGAAUGGGACAUCGUGACGCGAGGGCUGGUUGCCAUGACAAUCGAAGGUUUCGUUGGCUUCUUCAUCACCAUCAUGUGCCAGUACAACUUCUUCCGGAAGCCCCAGCGGCUGCCCGUCUCCACCAAACCCAUCGAGGAUGACAUCGAUGUGGCCAAUGAGCGACACCGUGUCCUGCGCGGCGAUGCCGACAACGACAUGCUGAAGAUUGAAAACCUCACCAAGGUGUACAAGUCCCGCAAGAUUGGGCGCAUCCUGGCCGUGGACCGGCUGUGUGUGGGGGUGCGGCCCGGGGAGUGCUUUGGGCUGCUGGGCGUCAACGGCGCGGGCAAGACAACCACCUUCAAGAUGCUGACGGGCGACGAGAGCACCACAGGCGGAGAGGCCUUUGUUAACGGGCACAGCAUCCUGAAGGAGCUCCUGCAGGUCCAGCAAAGCUUGGGCUACUGCCCCCAGUUUGAUGCGCUCUUCGAUGAGCUGACGGCCCAGGAGCACCUGGAGCUCUACACACGUCUGCGUGGCAUCCCCUGGAAGGACGAGGAGCGGGUGGUCAAAUGGGCACUGAAGAAGCUGGAGCUGACCAAGUAUGCCAACAAGCCCGCCAGCACCUACAGCGGAGGCAACAAGAGGAAGCUGUCCACAGCCAUUGCGCUGAUUGGAUACCCAGCCUUCAUCUUCCUGGAUGAGCCCACUACGGGGAUGGACCCCAAGGCACGGCGUUUCCUCUGGAACCUCAUCCUAGAUGUCCUCAAAACAGGUCGCUCCGUGGUGCUCACAUCCCACAGCAUGGAGGAGUGUGAGGCGCUCUGCACCCGCCUGGCCAUCAUGGUGAACGGGCGGCUCAAGUGUCUUGGCAGCAUCCAGCACCUGAAGAACCGGUUUGGAGAUGGCUACAUGAUCACAGUGCGCACAAAGUCCAGCCUCAACGUCAAGGAGGUGGUGAGGUUCUUCAACCGAAACUUCCCCGAGGCCGUCCUCAAGGAGCGGCACCACACCAAGGUCCAGUACCAGCUGAAGUCGGACCAGAUCUCGCUGGCGCAGGUUUUCAGCAAGAUGGAGCAGGUGGUGGACGUGUUGGGCAUCGAAGACUACUCCGUGAGCCAGACCACACUGGACAACGUGUUUGUGAAUUUUGCCAAGAAGCAAAGCGACAACCUAGAGCAGCAGGAGACGAGCCCCAGCUGCGCCCUGCAGUCGCCCCUGGAACGUGUGCUGAGCCUGCUGCGCCCCCGCGCAGCCCCCACCGAGCUGCGGGCCCUGGUGGUGGAGGAGCAGGAGGACCUGGAGACGGACGACGAGGGCCUCAUCAGCUUCGAGGAGGAGAGGGCUCAGCUCUCCUUCAACACAGACACGCUGUGCUGAGAGCCCGGGGGCAGCCGCACAGCUGUGGAGCCACCGACCCCUUUUGGCCUCUCCCCUCCCUUUGCCCCGUCGAGCGGAGCUGCCGCGGCUGGAGGCACGUGCCAGGGAGGACACGGCGGCGCGACGCCAGCCUGGACGGACCUGGUGAGCCACCGCCUGCCGGGUGGCCGCUGUUCCCUUCGGCUGCGGGGCAGUGUCACCACAUGGGGUGAGGCCACGUCCUUGGCCAGCUCGCCCCGCCAGCGUGUGCCAAUGGACAGAGACUGCGAGGAGAAGGACGCGGCUGGGCUCCAGUGCUGCCAGUCCCGCACGUUUUGUGGUGGGAAGGCCUGUGAGUGGUGCCUUUGCUUGGACACCUGUGUUGCACCCGCCCUGGGGACCUCGGCUGUGGGGAUGCCCCCCAGCACCGGCACCACCCCACGCCUGGCCCUGGUGGGGCUGGAGGGAGGAGGCUGCUUUUACCUUGUGCCCAUCACCCCUGGACUGGCGCUUGCCCUUGGCACUGUGAGGGGUGUGGGCUGCGGGGCCGCAGGGUGAGAGCUCCGGUGCUUCACCCAUGAUUGAUUUGUCACUGCCGGGGAUGUCACCGGCUGCCUCCACGCUGCUGCCAGCCAGGGGCUUCGGCCACCGUGUCCCUGCCAGGUGCGUGCUGGGCCCUUGGCACCGUCCCCAGGGCCGGCAGCCGUGCCCAAGCCGAGGGGCAGGCGGUGGGGCAGAGGGGUAUUUCACAGGGUAUUUCACAUGCUGGCACCAGCCAUUUCUCCCCUCUGCCCGCACCCACCCCUCCCAGCGCCCCUCACCCUGCCUCCUGCCAGCCCUCGCUGCCCACGUCCCCAACACUGGGCAGCACUGCAGCUCUGCCACCUUUCAGCUCUGUCCCCUCCUUUUCCUCCUUGCCCUGGCACUUACUGCUCAGCAUCUGGCCCAGUACGGGAGCUGCCUGCACUGGGUUCUUGUUGGGGCACUGGUGGCACUGGGCAAGGGGUUGCUUUCCCCCAAGUGGCUUUCAAAGCUGGGAGUGGGGUGGACUUGAGGUACGAGGACAGGACAGCCUGGCUGGGCACUGGUACAGCCUGGCAGAGGUUCCUGAGGUGGUGGGAAGGGGACGAUGGAGCGUGGCGGUGUGGCUGGAGCGGGCACCCCUCGGCCUGCAGUACCCCUCCUUUCUGCAGAGGGUCCUGUCACCCGUUGGGGUUGUUCCCAGCACCCCGUCAGCACAGCCCAGCUCUUUGACCCACAGCCGUGCCCAGCGAUGGGGUGAUGGCAGCACCUGUGAUUCUGACCCCGACCACGCACCCCGCCGGUGCCCAGGUCUGGGCUGCCCCAUGGGCCCCGCUGCCCUCUCUGCCCCCCUGGAUGCCCCAAGCAGGCAGUGCCAGCCCCCCAACUUGCUGCUGUGGGGCAGCACCCCAGGGGGAGGUGGAUUGGGGCCAAGGAGUGGGGCAGACCCCAGAGGCGGCUGUCCCCCCCGCUGUCCCCGUGCCCCCCGGGCUCGCCAGCCCCGUAUGCCGCGCUAGGGAUUGUGAUAUGAAAUACAGUAUUUUCAACAGGGGAAACGUUGGGGGAGAUGAGCUCUAUUUUCAGAUUUUUCAGACCAUAUUUUUUUUAACGGCAUACUGGCACUGGCUGCUCCUGGGGGCAGGGGUGACGGGGUGGGCAGCCCACCUGGAGCCCUUGCUGGGCACGCUUUGCUGCCUGGGUGGGUGCUGGGGGACACACCAACUCGGGGCUGGCCCUUUGCCCCCAGGGAGAGAGGGGACCCUGUCAUCUUGGGGUCCCCGGUUCGGUGGUGGCACCCCGGGGUGGGCACAGCGCCACACUCUGUGCACUGGCCGGGGCUUUGUCCUUGCCCGCUGCCACUUGCCAGGCAAUGCCAGGUGAGUGCUACUUGCUCGGGGCUCCAGGUGGGACCUGAACCCUGGGCAAGGAGCACCCCUGCACUCCCAUCUGCUGAGCUGCACCCCCCGCUGCUCUGCCACCCCCCCUGUGCCCCAUGGCUUUUCAUGGAGAUGCUUUUAUGUCCCGCAGGGGUGGCUGUGGUGUCCCUGGGUGGCCGCGGUGACCUGUCCGGGCUGGGGUUUGCCCAGUCCUGCCAAGGGCACUGCGGGGUGGGCGGCGGGAUGAGCGGGAGGGCAUCACCCCUGGGCAGGGGUGGCCUCUGCCUUAACACUGUUUGCUUCGUUGAGUCCAUCCCUGUUUCCCUCCUCACCUCCCUCUGCACGCCCUUGGCCACCAGCUGUGGGCACGGUGCCGGUGCCACGCACGGGGCACCCCGAGGGGUGGGGACGCCUGGAGGAGCCUGUACAUUGCUAGCAAAAGAAACACCAACAAAAAGAUGAAAUGUGAAAAUAAUGAUCAUUUUAAAUAAAAAAUA